AUGCGAUACGACAGAGUUGCCUCUAGCGAGGAUGAGGAGAGUGUGAAACUUGAAGCGACAACACAAGUUUUGACACCCCCUCACCCGUACAUCAAGAGACGAUGUUACCAAGGAUGGCAUUUGCUGGGCUUGGCUGCGAUACAAAGUGUUGUGAUUGUGAUUCUGUUGAUCCUCGUUAUUGUUGUGGCAGAUCGAUCGUCGUCUCUACAGGAUGACCGGAGUACCACGAUGAUCUACGGACUUGAUAGGCCUUAUAUGUCCUUGAAUCAUACCUACGACCACUUAUGGAAUGAGACUUCUAAAUCUGGCUUGGUGUUCACAGAAGUGGAUGGAAACCGGGACGUCGGGGCAAUAGCUAUGUUGGAAUCCCAUCACUCUUUGCUAAGCAAUCUCACAACCAAGAAAUCUAACCCUAGAGCAGGUUUCAUCAACUUCAUUGUCUUGUUGCAAUGCGGGCAGCUAUGCAGAAUGCUUCUGAAGGGAAACAAAUCGGUAUUGAUCAGACGGAUGACCCCCACUGGCCACACUGUUUCGACUAUCUUAGAAAGGUGA